AUGUUUUACAAUUACAAGAGUCUUGUGGGAUUAGCUACGUAUCAAGUCUGCGAUUCAUUACCAAUGACCUUUCAUUUCCAUCUUAAAUCAUGGGCAUAUACUGUCCAACAACUCGAAGCCUUGGGAGAUGCCAAUGGGCCGGAUGAUGCAAUCCUAUACGAGAGUAGAUCAAUGGUAUCUAUUCUAUGCUAG